UGGAGUCACUGUUUGACCCAUCAUGUUCUCUCCGCCGAGAGCGUUUAAUUGAGAAAUGCACUCCAGGGCCCCUCCCGACCGAAGCUCAGGAGCAUUGGUUUCGGACUUCAAUGGAGAUCUUGUUCUCUUCUUCCUUCUAUACCCUCUUUCUUGCCUUCUUCUUUUUCUCUUUGGCUAGUACUGCAAUAGCUAGAGGCGGAGAACAGGCUUCAAGUUUUUCAGGUUCUACGGAUCACGACCAUGAUUUCCUCCGCCGACGUUUCUUUGAUCAAACAAAGUCUCCACCAAGAGUAGAUUUAGCUCGCGGGUAUAUGACAAACUUCGAACUUGAAAAAGCCGUGAAGCAGUUUGGUCGAAGGUGUAGCAAUAUUUCGAGGAUCUACAGCAUUGGAAAGAGCGUCAAAGGAAUUCCCCUGUGGGUGAUGGAAAUAUCUGACAAACCAGGGCAACAAGAAGCUGAACCCGCCUUCAAGUUCAUUGGAAAUGUGCAUGGAGAUGAACCUGUUGGCCGGGAGCUACUGUUACUUUUAGCAAAUUGGUUAUGUGAUAACUACAUGAAGGAUCCCUUGGCAACAUUGAUCAUAAGAGAUGUUCACCUCCAUAUACUUCCAACAAUGAACCCUGAUGGGUUUUCACUUAGGAGACGUGGUAAUGCAAACAAUAUUGACCUAAACCGGGAUUUCCCAGACCAAUUCUUUCCCAUGAACAAUGAUUUGAAUUCACGGCAACCUGAAACUAAAGCAAUUAUGAAUUGGUUGAAAGAGAGACAUUUUACAGCAUCAGCCAGCUUGCAUGGGGGUGCACUUGUUGCAAAUUAUCCUUGGGAUGGCUCUGAUGACAAAAGGAGACAGUACUAUGCUUGUCCUGAUGACAAAACAUUCCAGUACAUGGCAAGUAUCUACAGUCACUCUCACUAUAACAUGUCGUUGAGCAAGGAAUUUCUUGGAGGAAUUACAAAUGGAGCUUUUUGGUACCCUAUAUAUGGUGGCAUGCAAGAUUGGAACUAUAUACAUGCUGGUUGUUUUGAAUUGACCUUGGAGAUUAGUGAUAACAAAUGGCCUAUGGAAAAUGAGAUUCCUAUUCUUUGGGAGUAUAACAGAAUGAGUAUGUUAAAUCUUGUUGCAAGCAUUGUUAAGACAGGAGUACAUGGAAGGAUCUUAUCAUCAAAAGGUGGACAACCUUUGCCUGCCUCUAUUGCAAUCAAAGGAAUAAAUUCCACGAUUGAAGCUGGUGGACUAUUUGGUGAUUACCAUCGAAUACUUGCCCCUGGAGAGAGUUAUGAAGUUAUGGUUUCCAUGCCUGGUUACAAAUCAAAGACUACACGUAUCCUGCUGGAAGAAGAAGCUAUGAGUGUGGAUUUCAUUCUAGAUCCUGUAGAAAAUCCACAGCUGAGGAAGCAAGUAGGAAGCGCUUGUGACUGCAGCUGUGACGAUAAAACCAACUUUGAGCUGGUGAAGUAUUUUGGAGUGACUUACUUGGAGAUUUCUUUAGUUGUGGCUUUUAUCCUGGCAUUCCUCUGUUUUCUGUUAAAAAGGAAAAUGUCAUAUAACCUACCAAAACAUAGAUAAUUGUCAGGGCAGAGAAGGGAACUCGCAGUCUUGAGUCUUUUUUAUCACUCUAGAAGAUUAAAUAUUGUAUAUCUCUAACAACUUUCCUCAGGAUUGUACAAACUCUAUCUCUAACAUAAGCAGUGUUACAAGCAUCUUUAGCUCUCA